AUGACUCAGAAUUCUAAACAAAAUCAGUUGUCAUUUUUAAAAUCAAGAGCGUUACCUAACCAAAGGCUUCGGACUGUGUUUGCAAUCGAGAAUGCCUUUACCAGCACUGAAGACGUGGCUGCCGUGAAUUUUGUUCGUGAUGCCAGCCGGCGUAUCAGUCUGAAGCCCGCAGAGUGGUCGAGUCUAAGCCAUUUUCUCGUGGACACUGCGAGGCAGUGGAUAUUGAUUGACUCCGACAUCGGUGACCUAGGAAGCAGAUUACGAAAGUCAAUGCUAUCAGAGCCUCGUGGGCGUGUCGGGAUCAAUAUCACAAGCUUGGUGCAAGUUUUCACCUUGAAGGCUAUCCUGCGGACAGUGUGCAAGGCAGAGGCACAGGAUCGCCCUGAUGAUAUAGCCAUACUGGAGUUAGCUCAGCAGAUCAAUCGAGGCUGGAUUGAAUCAAAAAGUCGAACGCGGACCAGCGGCGAUGAUGCGAAUAUGCUUUGCUUCGAGCACAAUGAGCCGCUUCAGGCUAGCCUCCGUGCGGUUUUCUCUCAACCAAUGGAAGGAGGGCAAAACCCACUCAACUUCGUGUUGCCGUCGUUUGAAACUAUGUGGAGAGUCGUACUCCGCGCUUUGUUAGAAAUCAAGUUCAAGUCAGGCCGCGACCAUCCGUGGUGGGGCGAAACCUUAAUUGCAUUCUGCCGGGACGCAAGCAAGGUGCAGUUUGAGAAGCGCGAAGGUCAAUCCAUUAUUGAGGAGACACCGUCCGCAAAAGACAUUAUUAUGGAAACAAUGAGAUUGUAUCCUCCGACUCGGCGAAUCUACCGGGCGUAUCAGUGGGACAAUAGCCUAGUGACUUGUGAAGAGAUACCGGACCAGGAGAUGAACGUACCUGUCCAAAGCUCAUUAGAUGAGCAGCAAUCUUGUCCAGUAAGAUACAGCAAAAUUGCGGCGAAUAUUGAGGGGUGCCAUUUGAGACCCGAUAUUUGGGGAGUGAGCGUGGCAAUCUUUGACCCAGUUCGCUGGCUGGACCUGACUCCCGAACAGAGGCGCGCCUUCAUGCCCUUUGGCUGCGGACCUCAUGAAUGUCCUGCCAAGGCUGGGUUUGGGCCGAAGAUGAUAGGUGUCUUAGUUGGUGCUUUACUUCUUGUCUUGGAUAACAAUGGACUGGAGCCCGGCAUGAGUUGGGAGCUCGAGUGCCCCGAUGACCAGGUCAUGAAGUCUCUGGCGAAAAUGGAAAGAAUGAGUCUGGAGAGAGAUGCUUACGAUGAUUGUUAUUUGGUUCAUGAGAGAUGUCACAGAAGUUGGGAUUUAGACCCCAGUGCCUAA